AUGCCCCGUGCGUCGCGCCCAGCUGCAGCCGGCGCGUCGCGCCCUGCUGCUCUGCCCAGCGCCAAGCCGCGCCGCCCAGCCCGAGCCGCCCUGCCCAACCCGAGCCGCGCCGCCCUGCCUCAUUCACCAGCCCCACCGACCUGCCCUGCUUCUACUACUGCUACUACUGCUGCUCGUGCUACUGCUGCUGCUGGUGGAGGUGCUGCUGGGAGUGCUGGAGGUGCUACUGGUGCUGGAGGUGCUGCUGGGAGUGCUGGAGGUGCUGCUGGUGCUGGAGGUGCUGGACCUGCUACUGACCGUCAGUGCCUGUCAUGGCCACUAUCACGGUAG